UCCUCUUAGCCUUCGUCCUGUGUCUUCCAGCUUCCCCCCACAGCAGAAGAAGUAGAGAAGAGCCAGCCUCUCACCUCCCAGUCCACCCACCAAACAAGUAUUCUAGAGAGAGAGAGAGAGAGAGAGAGAGAGAGAGGGCAUCUUCUCAUCGUCCAAGGCAAGACCCAGAAGCAGAGAACCUCAGGAAACCGCUUGUUCACUCGUCCAAGCAGAAACCCAGAAACCAAAAAGCACCCUCGAGAUGGCAAGCAUCUUCUCUCCGUCGCCGCGGUCCUGCCUCUUCCUGAUCUCGGCCCUCGUCCUGGCGAGCCUCCUCGCCUCCGCCGUCCACGGCGGCGGAGUCAGCGAGCACGGCCACCGCCUGGGGUGGGCCGGCGGCGGCGGCGGAUCGCGCUGCGAGGGGUCGAUAGCGGAGUGCCUGGCGGCGGGCGGCGACGGCGAGGGGGAGUUCGAUCUGGACUCGGAGUCGAACCGGCGCAUCCUGGCGACGAGCAGCUACAUCAGCUACGGGGCGCUGAAGAGGAACACCGUGCCCUGCUCCCGGCGCGGCGCGUCGUACUACAACUGCCGGCCCGGCGCCAGCUCCAACCCUUACUCCCGCGGCUGCAGCGCCAUCACGAGGUGCAGGGGCUGAAUCAUUUAUUUUUCCCAUAAAUUUUCAAUUUUUUUCCUUCUUUUUUUGGGGUUUUUUUUUUUUCUCUCUCUCUUUUUAUUUAUUUCUUAUUUGUUGGGUUUUGAUGGGUCUGAUUAAUUGUCAUACAUUGGGAAAGACCGGGAGUUGGGAAGGGGCGGUCUGUGUUGUUAUUCUGAUGGAAAUAUUGUUGGUAUAAACAGGGGGCGCAUCUGUAAAAGAUCAUUGCUUUCAUUUAUUUUGUGGGGUGAAUUUCCGUGCUCAUUUAUUGAAUAACUGUGUCAGAUAAAGAAA